UUUUCGAAAUAAAAAAUCGAAAUUUACACUGGUUAAAAAAAAAAUAAAAAGAGUAGGGUUUUAUAAGUUUCCCCACUUUUUUAAGAUGAGAAAAACUAAACGUAAGCUAAGUCCCAAAAUACAAGAAAAACCAGUUGUCAUUUUGGGACCAACACAUCAUCUAGAAAUUUUUAUCAAAGUUGAAUAAAAGAUAUAUAUUUUUUCAACAUAAACCAACAUGUUUGUAUAAGAUUUUGUUUUAUCAAAGAUAUGUUAUCUCGGCAAUCGAUAUGCAGCUGAUAAAUGAUACUUGAAUAUAUCAUUUUUUUUUAUUUUUUCGUAUUUUAUUACACUCGUGGUUGGAUAAAUAUUUACGUAAACAGCUGCUUGAUACAAUUGACGUAGUAUUAAAUAUUAUCAAGUCACACAAUAAACUCUCAGUACUCUCGAUUAAUCUAAAUUAUCAUAUAAUUUUAAUGAUUUUUUAUAUUUAAUUUGAUAACCCGACUGAACUUUAAGCAGUGUGUGUCUAAAUAUCAUUUUGUUCUUCAGUUUGAACGCCAUCAUUGCAACUGGAUAUUUUAUAUAUUUUUCAAAAUAAAAAAUGGGGAAACCAGAGGAUGAUGACAAAGGAAUUGUCGACUCAUAUGAAAGUCAAUUUAACACUGACAAUGAUAAAAAAAUAAAAAUAUCAAACACACUUGUUUUUUAUGUCAAUGGAAGAGAAAUUAUUGACAAAGAUGUUAAUCCAGAAUGGACAUUGUUAUAUUAUCUUCGUAAUAAAUUACGAUUAACUGGAACAAAAUUAGGAUGUGCUGAGGGUGGAUGUGGUGCUUGUACAGUGAUGGUGUCACGUUAUGAUAGAAAACAAAUGAGAAUAUUUCAUUUGGCUGUUAAUGCAUGUUUAGCACCAAUUUGUAGUGUACAUGGUAUGUCAGUGACAACAGUUGAAGGUCUAGGAAGUACAAGAACAAAAUUACAUCCAGUACAAGAAAGAAUUGCCAAGGCACAUGGAUCACAGUGUGGUUUUUGUACACCUGGUAUUGUCAUGUCAAUGUAUGCCUUGUUACGUACAUUAUCAAAACCAAAUAUGCAUGACCUUGAGAUUGCAUUUCAAGGAAAUUUAUGUAGAUGCACAGGAUACAGACCAAUCAUAGAAGGCUUCAGAACAUUUACAGAAGACUGGGAACAAUCUCAAUUACUUUCAAAACUUGAAAAUGAUACCAACUCUGAGAAGCCAUGUGCACUCGGUGAUGCAUGCUGUAAAAGACAAUUUACAUCCGCUCCAACUGAGGUUUUUGAUGCAAAUGGCUUCACUCCAUAUGAUCCAAGUCAAGAAUUUAUAUUUCCACCAAAACUCAAACUAUUUGAUCAUCUUGACUGUGAAUAUCUUAUUAUUAAAUCAAAUAAUGUAACAUGGUAUCGUCCAAUUGUAUUAAAUGAUUUACUUAAAUUAAAAAAUGAUCAUCCAAAUGCUAAAAUUAUUGUUGGCAACAGUGAAAUUGGUGUUGAAGUUAAAUUUCGUCAUUUAAUUUAUCCAGUUUUAAUUCAACCAACAUUAAUACCAGAAAUGAAAGAAUUUAAAAUACAAUCAGAUAAUAUAGUAAUUGGAGCUGCUCUUUCACUUAUGGAAAUUGAUGAAAAUUUAAAUAAUAUUAUUGGAGUUUAUCCAGAAUAUAAAACACGAAUUUUCAAAGAAAUUCGUGGUAUGUUGCACUGGUUUGCUGGUAAACAAAUAAGAAAUGUUGGUUGUCUUGGUGGUAAUAUUAUGACGGGAUCACCAAUAUCUGAUAUGGUACCAGUGUUAAUGGCAGCAAAGACUCUAUUAAAUAUUUGUAGUCUAAAAAAUGGCUACAGACAAGUUCCUCUUGAUCAUACAUUUUUUACUGGUUACAGAAAAAAUGUUAUACAACCAGAUGAAAUUUUAGUGUCAAUUGAAAUACCUUUUUCUUGUGAAAAUCAAUAUUUCAUUGCCUAUAAACAAGCUAAACGUCGUGAUGAUGAUAUUGCAAUUGUAAAUAUGGCAUUUAAUGUAUUUUUUAAAGCUCCAAGUAGUGAUGAAGUUACUGAGGCACAUUUGGCAUAUGGUGGAAUGGCACCAACAACAAAAUUAGCAUUAAAAACAUGUGAAACUAUGAUUGGACAAAGAUGGACAUUUGAUUUAGUGGAAAAAAUUUAUGAUUCACUUGUUGAAGAAUUUCCACUUCCAGAUAAUGUACCUGGUGGUAUGGUUUUAUACAGAAGAUCAUUGACACUAAGUUUAUUUUUUAAAGCUUUUAUUAAUAUUAAAAAAAUCCUAGAAAAUAAAUAUGAAAAUUUAAAUGAUGAUGAUGAUGAUAAAGUACCAGAACAUUUAAAAUCAGCAUCAAAUACAUUUCCAUAUAUUCCACCAAAAAGUUCACAGUAUUAUCAAGUUGUAUCUAAAAAUCAAGAUCCAAAAGAUUUAAUUGGUCGACCAAUUAUUCAUGCAAGUGCUUACAAACAAGUUACAGGUGAAGCUAUUUAUUGUGAUGAUAUUCCUCACAUUGAAGGAGAACUUUAUAUGGCUUUUGUAUUAUCAACAAAGGCACAUGCUAAAAUAUUGAAAAUUGAUGCAAGAGAAGCCCUUGAGGUUGAUGGUGUUAAAGGAUUUUUUAGUGCUGAUGAUAUUCCAGAACAUAAUAGAGCAGUUGGACCAAUAUUUCAUGAUGAAGAAGUAUUUAUUUCAAAAGAAGUUACAUCACAAGGACAGCCAAUUGGUGCUAUUGUUGCUUGUGAUCAAAAUACAGCACAAAAAGCUGCUAGAUUAGUUAAAAUUGAUUAUGAAGACAUUGAACCAAUUAUUGUUAGCAUUGAAGAUGCAAUUAAUGUUAAAAGUUAUGCACCUGGAACACCAAAAUCAAUUAAAAAUGGUGAUCCUGAUGAAAAAUUUAAAAUAUGUCAUCAUAUUAUUGAGGGAGAAGUUAAAAUGGGAGGACAAGAACAUUUUUAUUUAGAAACACAUGCUGCUAUUGCUGUGCCAAAAGAAGGUGAUGAAAUUGAAAUUUAUUCAUCCACACAGCAUCCAUCAGAGGUGCAAAAAUUAGUUGCACAUGUACUUGGAGUGUCAAUGAAUCAAGUCAAUGUUAGAGUUAAAAGAAUGGGUGGAGGAUUUGGAGGUAAAGAAUCAAGAGGUAUGCUUGUAGCUCUUCCUGUAGCAUUGGCAGCAUGGAAACUUCAGAAACCAGUUCGUUGUAUGCUUGAUAGAGAUGAAGAUAUGAUGAUGACUGGCACACGUCAUCCUUUCAUGUUUCGAUAUAAAGUUGGCUUUAUGAAAUCUGGAAAAAUUGAAGCUGUUAAAAUUGAUAUUUAUAAUAAUGCUGGUUAUUCAAUUGAUUUAUCAAUUUCAGUUCUUGAAAGAUCUCUAUUUCAUUGUGAAAAUGCUUAUAAAUAUCCUGAUAUAUUGACAACUGGCUAUUGUUGUUUAACAAAUUUACCAUCAAAUACAGCAUUUCGUGGUUUUGGUGGACCACAAGGAAUGUUUGUAGCUGAAAAUAUAAUUUGGGAUAUUGCAAAUUUUCUUGAUAUACCAGCAGAUAAAGUAUCACAAUUAAAUCUUUAUCAAGAAAAUGACAUAACACAUUAUAAACAAAAAUUAAUUCGUUGUCCAUUGGAACGUUGUUGGUCACAGUGUCUUGUAACAUCUGAUUAUACAUCAAGAUUAAUUAAAAUUGAAGAAUUUAAUAAAAAACAUCGUUAUAGAAAAAAAGGAAUAUCAAUAAUACCAACAAAAUUUGGUAUUGCAUUUACAGCAUUAUUUUUAAAUCAAGGUGGUGCACUUGUACAUGUAUACAGAGAUGGAUCUGUAUUAAUAAGUCAUGGUGGUACAGAAAUGGGACAAGGUUUACACACAAAAGUUAUACAAGUUGCAUCUAGAAUAUUUAAAGUUGAUCCAAAUAAAAUACAUGUAUCUGAAACAGCAACUGACAAAGUACCAAAUACAUCAGCAACAGCAGCAAGUGCUGGAUCAGAUUUAAAUGGUAUGGCUGUUAUGAAUGCAUGCAAAACAAUUAUGCAAAGAAUUCAACAUAUUAUUGAUGAUGAGCCAAAUGGAACAUGGGAAGAUUGGAUAACAAAAGCAUAUUUUUCUCGUAUAAGUCUUUCGGCAACUGGUUUUUAUAGAACACCAGAUAUUGGAUAUGAUUUUCCAACAAAUACUGGUAUGGCAUUUAAUUAUUUUACAUAUGGUGUUGCUGCUAGUGAAGUAGAAAUUGAUUGUCUCACUGGUGAUCAUCAAGUAUUACGUACUGAUAUUGUUAUGGAUCUUGGUGAUAGUUUAAAUCCUGCAAUUGACAUUGGACAAGUUGAGGGUGGUUUUAUGCAGGGUCUUGGUUUAUUUACACUAGAAGAAAUGAUUUAUUCACCAAGUGGAACAAUGUUUAGUCGUGGUCCAGGUGCUUAUAAAAUACCUGGUUUUGGUGAUAUACCAUUGGAAUUUAAUGUAUCAUUAUUAAAAGAUGCACCAAAUCCAAGAGCUGUAUUUUCAUCAAAAGCCGUUGGUGAACCACCAUUAUUUUUAGCAUCAUCGGUUUUUUUUGCAAUUAAAAAUGCUAUUAAAGCUGCAAGAUAUGAUGCUGGUAUUUAUGGAGGUUUUAGAUUUGAUUCACCAGCAACAUCAUCAAGAAUACGAGUUGCUUGUACUGAUGAUUUAAUACGCAAGUUUCCUGUACCUGAUGUCACUAAAGCAUGGAACAAAAUUCCUUGAAUUAAUUAAUAAUCACAGUGUUGAAAAAUAUAUAUUUUAAAAUGAGAUAAAAGUUUAAUUUAAUUAUGCGAUUAAAAAAAAAUAUAAAGUUAUAUAUAUUUUAUGAUAAAAACAAAAAAAGGAAAACAAAGUAAUUUAUGUUUUUAUGAAUUUUUUAUUGAUGUCGAGUGGAAAAUGUUAUGAAUAUUGUAAUGAUAUUUUAAAACUAUAGCAUGAAAUGAAAUACAAGAAAAUAAAAAAAAUAAAAAAAAUGAACAGUUCUGGAUCAUUAUGUUAUGACCGCAAGAGGCAAUGUGUCUGCCAAGCGAACCGAAUCUACCCUUCACGCUUUAAAAAGGUCAGUUAAAGCCACUGGCUUAAAUUUAUCCUGAACUCUUUUUUUUUCAUAUUUUUAUUUUCGUUUCUACUUGUAAUGCCUUGUGUUAUUAUUC